AUGAAAACGCAACGUCCUGAUGAUUCAAUCGAACCUAUCUCUGCCUAUUUAUUAAAACAAAGUGCUGGGAAAUGGAAGCGUAAACGGUGGAAUCAACGUUGGUUUGUACUUGAUCGAGAAAACGGUAUAUUACGGUAUUUCCGACAUGCUUCAUUAUUGGAAAGUGUACCAUUAAGACAAGACGCCCAUGGAGUUUUAUUAUUGAAACAGGCGGGCGUGUCUUUAGUCGUACAGGGUGAUUUACCACCAGGAGUUCCAACUCCGUUUUGUUUUACUGUACUGGCCAAUGGACAGCGUGAAGUACGACUUUGUGCAGACACUAAAGCUGAGUUUCGACAAUGGACGACGGCGAUAUCGGCUGUUAUUAGUCCAUCAAGGGCUGGAUUGACAAUGGAAAAAACAAAAGUUGCUCCGACGAUAACGGCAAGUCUUUUACCGUCGUCAUCUUCAGUUGGUGAUGUGUCACUACCGUUGCAGUUGCCGGCAGUGAAGGAGGAAGUGGUCGAGAUGGAAGAGAUGGAGGAGAGUGAGAGGAUAGAGAUUGAACCAAGACAAGUGAUGAAGCAGAUGUGUAGCUGGAUGAACAAUAACAAAAUAGUGCUGCUUUCUCUGAAUCCUGUUAUUGUACUCGUGCGAUUUGGCAACGUGUUUGUGUGUUGCUUUGUCGUUCUACUGGUCAACCUGACGUGUGCAUGGCUAUUAUGGUUUCGAAAAGCCGAGUUGCCUCGUAUCAACUACGUGUCGUCACGAACAGAAUCACGUCUGCCAGGUACUGUGGCAGAUGGAAACGCAUUAUCCGCAUCAUUAGCCGGCUUUGCGGGUGGUUCUGAAGUUAUGAAAGAGACAUCAAGUUUGAAAUCGGGAUCUAGAUUGUUGACGCCGCAAGCAUCCACUACCGAUGUUGAUGACCAAGUGCCCAAACGCGCCUCGUUCUUGGGUAAAAUGAAUGGCGUGAAAACAUUGGCUGGGGCCUCGUUAAAAAUGUGUGCAACUGAAAUUGUAACUGGCUGCUGGAUGCAUAUCGACGCAACUCGGUUCAAAGUCCGCCAAGGUCCUAAUUAUCGCAAGACGAAACUCAAGGCGGCUUCGGCGUCUGCCUUGUUGGAACUCGUCGCUGUUGAUGUCUACCAGUCCGAUGUUAAAGCAGACAACGUAGGCAGCAUCGUCAAUCUGAGCGUUUUGAAACCUCCGACUGGAGACUUGGAUUUAUUCAUCGUGAAUUGUCAAGUCCCUUCCUACCAGCCUUCAAAUCCACUGUGGGGAGAUCACCAAGGUGACGGAGUGGGUUUUAAUUUUGUAACGUACUUUGCUAUUCCUCCAGCUAUCCGCAAGAUGCUCGACGGACCUGACGAACCACCUCUCCAAGCUGUUCGCCUACUAAAAAACUUUAUGCAGCCUCAGAGCUGGGUCAGCGAGCGAUUCAAGGCCAUUGGGAUUGUUGUGAACCCUCAGGAUCAACAAUUAGGACGAGCUGAACGCCGUUUACUUGAAACUUACAACGGUCAACCAAUUCUGACACGACCACAGCAUCAAUUUUACCAUGGAGACGGUUAUUUUGAGAUUGAUGUGAAUGCCCAUGAUUUCAAUUAUAUUGCGCGCAAAGGACUUGUCGGUGUCUCAACGCAUGCUUGCAAUAUGGUGUUAGAUUUUGGUUUUGUGCUGGAAGGACAAGAAGAUGAUGAAUUACCGGAACAGAUUCUAGGUUGUGUCCGACUUUGUAAAGUUGAUGUCCGGAGUGCUCCAAGCCUUUUAUAA